AGCGGUUCAAUGAGACAAUGUUUGAAGUGUACAACUUGUAUGCACUCAGCAUCUGCCAUGUGUGUGGCUCCUACCAGUGCCCAUACUGCCCAGUGUUCAACAAUGCACCAACAUCUUUUGGCCAGAACCAAGAGCAAGCUGUGCUGUCUCUGACUGUGCUUCUGACAGUGCUUUGGAGGCAUCUGUUGAAAGGGUAGCUGGCUGUUGUGGUGCUGUGACAGUUAUUUUUCUCAAGCAACAAGAACAAACUAUCACAAAGACAUUGCCAUUGCAGCUGUGCAGUCUGCUUCAGUCAGGACUUCAUUGUGCAGCAUGCUGUGGGUUUCCUGUUGGGGCUGGUUCCAGGAAGCCACAGCCUCAUUUUCCUCAUUCUUUUUUUUUCUUUUCCCACCAUCGGCAAGGUGCAUUCUGUUCAGUCGCCGGAUGAAUGUAUACCUUCAUCACUGAAAUGAGGUAUGGGGCAGCUUGAGAUUGCAAGUUUGUGCAUUGCUUGGCUCAACGAAGAUGCCCAUUGGAAAAGGCACCAGUCAGUCAACACAGUUUUUAUAGGCGCCUUUCUUUUCCAUAUGUUUGUAAUUUUGGCAUGCGAGGUUCUACUACAUAAUUUUUUUUUAUUUAGCCCUGUGCAGAGAUUGGCAACUACUUGUGAUUUUUAGGUUCAUGAUUUCAAGCAUUCAUUUGCAUCGCAACAUUUCUUUUUUAUUUUUGCCAUUUAAUGUUCAGAGCCAAGUUUUACUUUAGCAUUCAUCUGUUGUGAACAUCUAGUAGUAGUCAUCAGAGUUUGACAUAUCUAAGCAAGAGUUGUGUUAUAUAUAUGUGUUGAGUGCUUGUUUAUUUUUGCAUUAUUUUCAUAUGCAGCAUUUGUCACUAUCAUAAACCUUUAGCAGUGUUGUUGGACAUACCACUUGCUCGAAGACAAUGAUGAUGGCAGUGAUUGUUUUAGUUGUGUUCAUACUUUCAUUUUUUUUUUCACAAUUUGAAAGCAAUAGUCAUCAUUUGUGUAAAAUUAAUCAACUUCACAGAAGGCUGCUGUGAUUCAAGGGAAAGAAUGUUCACUGAAGGCAGGUCAAGCGUAUCAUCUCCUAUUUGUACAACAUUUUAUGUGAAGUAAAUUAUUGCUACAUAUAACUUUCCACUGAUAAAAUUGACAUUGUUGUAUAUCAUUUUGCAAUACCUGUACGUGUCAUACAGGUAUGUAUGUGGUUAGAAAUCAAUGCAGGAGUGAAAUCUGGAAGAAACAAGAAAUUCUGACUUCGAUUAUUCAAGCAGCUAUAGUUUCAGAACUCUUGUUGGCAGCCUCCCAUUGCAUCUAUCUGCACUGCUGUUUUUGAGGAAGAAUGCAAUUGCAGUGUUUGCACUAAGCAACUUCUGGAAGAUAUGACCAUUUAAUUAAGGAGACCAAAACAUCCUAGCCUGUCUUUAACUUCCCUAUAUUUGUUUUUCCUUCUGCAGUAAAAGCAAUUAUUGGAGGCUGCAGCUUUUUGCAUUGAUGUCCUUUCCCUUUAUUGUGACAAAUCUCGCAACUUGCUCACUUGUUACUAUAAAUAAGUGCAUCUUACCUAAAAAUAUACAAAUGGGCAUCUUGAGCCGGAGUGAAUUGUGUGCUACAUCGCUAAAUUCUCAAUAUAAACAUUGACCUUGGAAAGCUGCAACAACCAACAAGUCCAUAGGUUGGGGUGGGUUGUUAUUGUAUGUUUGAAUGACGCAUGGAACAACUAAGUCCUGCAGGAUUAUUUGGAGCAAUAACACAGGGCACACUGAGGCCUGAAUAUGAUGCUCUGUGCUAUUCAUCCUCCUGUCUUGCCAAAAAAAUACUGUAAAUACAGAGAGAUAAAGUGUGUUCGUGCUUC